UCCCGUUGCUGAGACCAUCUGCCAUGUCAAAAAUCAAACAGAAACCCCCCAGCUUCUUACAGCUGCAGCGGCUGCUGUAACAGUUCCCCGAGCUGCCCUUCCACCCUGCUCUUUCGUCGUCUUCGUCCCAUAUGCAUCAUCAAUCAUCACCCAUCGCCCUGUGCCCUGUUUUCUGAGCUUCCACCUCCCUUCUCCCUCGCGCGCUCUGUCCGGCCUCGUCUCACACACAUUCCUCCAUCCCCUCCAUCCCCUCCCUCCCCUCAUCUAUCCGCCCAACCGAAAGCCGCGCAUAAUCUCCGAAGCUAUGACUACCCUUGAACCUCGCCAACCUUACACUGACGAGGAGCUGCGCCAGCUCUACCCUCCACAGCUCAAGCUCCAACUCGUGCAGAUCCUCCUGCGCCACGGCGAACGAACUCCAGUAACCCCUCGUUUUCAGAACACUGGCCUUCCGCCAUACUGGCCUUACUGUCGUGCUGUCCGUCACCUUCGGUCCGCCGUCCUUGACCCUGACACGGGUGAAUACUCGUACCUUGACUGGAAGCGUCGUCUGGAAACAUUCGCCUCCAACGAUGACAGCCCGGUCAUCGCCGCCGGCCCCAAUGCCGAGCUUGAUGACAUCUGCGACAUGGGCAUGCUCACCGACCGCGGUCGAGAGACCACCCGUAAUCUUGGACGCCGCUUCCGUGAUCUUUACGUCCAACGCCUCGGCUUCCUCCCCGCCGACCUGACCGAUGCCGAGUCCCUCUACCUCCGCUCCACUCCGGUCCCUCGAGCUCUGGAGUCCCUUCAGCAGGCCCUGUCCGGCCUGUACCCGACGAAGCACCGAGCUCCCGACCUUCCUGCCUUCACUCUCCUCACUCGAGCACCUCAGGACGAGACCCUGUUCCCCAACGAUGGCAAUUGCCGCCGCUUCGCUGCCCUCUCGCGCGCCUUUGCCCAGCGCACUGCCGAGCGAUGGAACAACACCCCGGAGAUGGACUAUCUCAACAAGAAGCUCGGCAAGUGGAUGCCGAACGACGCCCGCAUCGCCGUGGAUUCUAAGCCGCGGUUGAGUGGCAUCAUGGACACAAUCAAUGCUACUCGCGCACACGGACCUCAAACGAAGCUACCCUCCGAAUUCUACGAUCCCAAGGCCAUUGCCAUAAUCGAGAAAAUCGGCGUGGAAGAAUGGUACAGCGGGUACGCCGAGAGCCAGGAGUAUCGCACCCUCGGCAUAGGAGGUCUGAUGGGCGAUGUCGUAGCUCGCAUGGUUGGAAGCGUGGAGCACAGUCCGGCGGACGGUGACUACGAAAUCAAGCAGCCAGAUGCUGCUCCCAAGCCCAUCCGAUUUGGAAUGAGCGGCUGUCACGAUACGACGCUGGCUGGUGUGCUGGCGAGCUUGGGGGCCUUCGGCCCUGACAAGUGGCCCCCAUUCACGAGCCACAUUGCCAUUGAGAUGUUCCAUGAUACGAGGAUUUCCGCAGUCGAUACUGCAACCAAGUCACCGGUUGCGCCGGUCCCCAAGGAUGGCAGCUGGUUAAGCUCGUGGUUCUCCUUCGGUCGGGCGAGUGCCCCGUCACCGGGCACUGCGCCCCCCGGCAUUGGUCGUAAGACGACUCCCGAGUUGACAGAUGCCGAGAAGGACAAGUUGGAUGGGUACUAUGUGAGGCUGCGGUACAACGACGAACCCGUGACGAUCCCCGGUUGCAAAGCCCCUGGUAACCACCUCGAAGGCGAUGAGUCUUUUUGCACUCUGACCGCGUUCAAAUCCAUCGUUGACAAGUACACGCCUGUCAGCUGGAGAGACCAGUGCCGCAUGAACGCCAACGCGCCCACCUUCCCGGCCAAGCCUGAGCCGGCAGGAUACUAAUUGAUGUUUGAACUGUUGGAUGACGCCAUGACAGAUACUGGAGUCGAGCCUUGGUUGGUAUAGCUUACAUGAUAGACCAGAAAGGAGCAAGGCCAUGCGGCUAUCAUAGAUCACCCUGAAGCGUGUAAGAUGUCACUUCUCACAUACUUGGAUUCUUCAAAUUUGUAUUCUUCUCAAGAGUCAUUGGUGCUCUGUGUCUCAUGAACCCAUUGCGUCAAGCCAGGAUAUGUGUACUGAGACGUAUGUAAGCAGAGGUGGUAGCAGCAAAGGGUGAUAUCGAUUGAGAGAAAGCAUCUAAACCAGCCUGUAUCACAAUCGGACUUUUGUCGACGUGAAAAUAGAACUGAGAACGG